UUGCUCGGACGGAGAGUCCUCCUCAGAAAGGCGUACUGCCAGCACUGGGGAGGAGUUUGCUAUGAGGAAGAGUCAGCUGCUGUGUGAGUUGUACGGCUCUCUGGGAGGCCUGUAUUGCCGGGUACCGGUCGUGAAUCUGGUUUCCUCAAACAUCUGGGAGUACAGGAAAGGCCGAGGUCUGGCGGGGGUGAUAGGCCGCAGCAGCCAUGCAUGACGCCUUUGAGCCGGUCCUGAUCCUGGAGAAGCUGCCGCUGCAGAUAGAGUGUCUGGCUGCCUGGGAUGAGUGGCUACUUGUUGGAACUAAGCAGGGUCAUCUGCUGCUUUACAGAGUAAAAAAAGAACAAGGUUGUAACCAGUUUGAAGUAACUUUGGAGAAAUCAAACAAGAACUUUGCUAAGAAAAUUCAGCAGAUUCAUGUUGUUCCUCAGUUUAAGAUCCUGGUCAGCUUGCUCGAUAACAAUGUCUGUGUUCAUGACUUGCUCACCUUCCAGCUGAUGACCACAAUUUCAAAAGCUAAGGGUGCUUCACUACUAUCAUGUGACCUCCAGAUCGCUAAAUCUGGAGAAGAGACUCUGAAGAUGUGUGUGGCUGUCCGUAGAAAAUUGCAGCUAUAUUUCUGGAAGGACAGAUCGUUCCAUGAACUUCAGGGAGACUUCAGUGUUCCUGAUGUUCCCAAAUCCAUGGCAUGGUGCGAAAACUCCAUCUGUGUGGGGUUCAAGAGGGAUUAUUAUUUAAUUAGGGUAGAUGGUAAAGGCUCUAUUAAAGAGUUGUUCCCAACAGGCAAGCAGCUUGAACCACUGGCAGUACCUCUGGGUGAUGGAAAAGUUGCAGUGGGUCAGGAUGAUCUGACAGUGGUGCUUAAUGAGGAGGGAACAUGCACGCCAAAGUGUGCCUUGAAUUGGACAGAUAUACCAAUGGCAAUGGAGUAUCAGCCUCCAUAUAUUAUUGCUGUCUUGCCAAGAUAUGUGGAAGUACGGACGUUUGAACCGCGUCUGCUGGUGCAGAGUAUUGAACUUCAGCGACCCCGCUUCAUUUCAUCUGCAGGAACAAACAUUGUAUAUGUGGCUAGCAAUCAUUUUGUCUGGAGAUUGGUCCCUGUUUCAAUUGCUACGCAGAUACAGCAGCUGCUCCAGGAUAAACAGUUUGAGCUUGCACUGCAGCUAGCAAGGAUGAAAGAUGAUGCAAACGGUGAGAAGCGGCAGCAGAUCCAUCAUAUUCAGAACCUCUAUGCCUUCAACCUAUUUUGCCAGAAGCGCUUUGAUGAUUCUAUGCAAGUGUUUGCCAAACUUGGCACUGAUCCUACGCAUGUUAUUGGGAUGUAUCCAGACCUGCUACCUUCUGAUUACAAAAAACAGCUCCAGUACCCCAAUCCUGUACCCUUACUGUCAGGAGCAGAACUAGAGAAGGCCAAUCUGGCUCUCAUAGAUUACUUGACCCAGAAAAGAAGUCACCUGGUAAAGAAGCUGAAUGAUACUGAUCACCACUCUACCACCUCUCCACUUAUGGAAGGGACUCCAACCAUCAAGUCAAAGAAGAAACUUCUCCAGAUUAUAGACACCACUUUGCUCAAAUGUUACUUGCAUACAAAUGUGGCUUUGGUGGCUCCUCUUCUCCGGUUAGAGCAUAAUCAUUGCCAUGUGGAAGAGAGUGAACAUGUCCUGAAAAAGGCACACAAGUACAGUGAGCUGAUCAUCCUUUAUGAGAAGAAAGGGCUACAUGAAAAAGCUCUUGCAGUUCUUGUUGACCAGUCAAAGAAAGCAAACUCUCCAUUGAAGGGCCAUGAAAGGACAGUCCAGUACCUGCAGCGGUUGGGAUCAGAAAAACUUUCUUUGAUAUUUGAAUACUGUGUAUGGGUGCUGAGGGAUUAUCCUGAAGAUGGUUUAAAGAUCUUUACAGAAGACCUCCCAGAAGUUGAAUGUCUUCCCCGUAAUCAUGUUUUGGAAUUUCUUUUGGAACAGUUCAGACAUCUAGCAAUUCCAUACUUGGAACAUAUCAUCCUGGUAUGGGAAGAUAAAGGCCCUGAAUUUCACAACUGUGUGAUCAAGCUUUAUUGUGAGAAAGUGCAGACCUUGAUGCAAGCAAUAGGCCCUGACUUUAAUGAAGAAGUCAUGCGUACAAUUCCUGCAGGCUCAGAGGAUGGGGACCUGGGAGAAUACAGAGGAAAACUGCUAAAUUUUCUGGAAAUCUCAAACUGUUACCAGCCUGAAAGGCUGAUCAGUGACUUCCCGUUUGAUGGAUUGUUGGAGGAACGUGCGCUCCUUCUGGGCCGAAUGGGCAAACACGAGCAGGCUUUGUUCAUAUAUGUGCACAUUUUGAAGGACACCAGUAUGGCGGAGCAACAUUGCCAUAAACACUAUGACCGUGCAAAAGAAGGCAAUAAGGAUGUGUAUUUGUCCCUGAUCAGGAUGUACCUCUCUCCACCUGAUGUUCAUUGUCUUGGUCCCAUAAAAAUAAAGCUGGAAGAACCAAAGGCAAAUAUUGAUGCUGCCCUGGCUGUUUUGGAGCAGCAUCAUGCAAAACUGAACACAACUAAAGCCAUUGACUUGUUACCAGCCAACACACAAAUAAGACAGAUCCAGAUCUUCCUUGAAAAAGUACUAGAAGAGAAUGCAGAGAGGAGGCGCUUCAACCAAAUCCUCAAGAAUCUCCUACAUGCCGAGUUCUUACGAGUACAAGAGGAGAGAAUUUCCCAUCAACAGGUGAAGUGUGUAAUCACAGAGGAGAAGAUAUGUAGUGUAUGUAAGAAAAAAAUUGGAAACAGUGCUUUUGCUCGCUAUCCAAGUGGUACUGUUGUCCACUAUUUCUGUGCAAAGGAUAACAGCUCUGUUGACACCUGAAGUCUCAUGGGAAGAGCAAUGCAAACAAAGGCAUCAAAUGAACUCUGCAAGGGCUGGAGGGACUUUUGUUCCGGAAGAUGAUCUGUAACCACCAAGUCGCACAUGGGAGAUGACCUAAACCCACCUGUCACACAUGGAAGGUGAUCUGCAAUCACCAAGUCACACAUGGAAGGAUUCCCAAUGAGUGGUGUUCGGUUGAUAAAUGUGUCGGCUGUCUAAACGCUAGACUAGACUCUUUGCCUGAACAAUUUAACUAUACGCCUAAUCCUGAUAUAAACUAAAAAUAGCUGUGGUUAGGAGAAUCUACAAAGUUACAUUUUUACAUGGUCUCGGUUGAAGUAAGAUGUCCAUUUAACUUUUUAUAUGUUGUACAGGUUUGUUUAUGUAUGUAAAUAGAAGUUUAUAAAACGGAUCUAAUAUUGGACAGUAUAUGGUACUUUGACAAUCCAUUCGCAGCACUGGCUUGUAUAAUAUGAAACCUACAUGGUGUCUACACGAAAGACAAGUCCGGGGUAACAGUAACCACUUUAUCAGUGUGACCAUAAAUACAGCUUUGUGUCCC